AUGUUUCAGAGAGACGCACCACUUUUUGAAUCUUAUCACACUUUGCAAUAUGUGGCAUCAUCUGCAUCACAAAAUUCUGAGUCAUAUAAUAAACCAACUUAUUAUUUGAAUGGAGUAAGUCAGAUUAAUAAUAGAGCAAAUAAUGUAAACUAUUAUGAAAAAAGUGAUAUGGAUACAAGUUUAUUACCAGGAAUGACUACUGUAUAUGUUGGUCAAAUUCCCUUAAGUAUUGCAGAUGUUUAUAUUCGUCGUCUUCUAAAUGAAUGUGGCCGUAUAAUGAAAUGGAGUAGAUCAGAAGAUCCCACAACAAAGAAACUCUCAUCUUUUGGACUUUGUGAAUUUGACUCUCCUAUUGGAGUAAUUAAUGCUGUUAAGGCUUUAAAUGGUCUUGAAAUAUGUGGUAAAAAGCUUUUAGUUAAAUAUCAACAUGGUAUUGAUGCAUUGAUAACAAAGUGGAAUAAUAAUAGAAUAAGUGCAAUGGUUAAAGAACGUGGAGGUGACUGUACUAUUGAAACAAUUUUAAUGGAAAUUUCAGCUGAAGAUACUCGAUUACGUUCUACAAUUCAAAAAUUAGUAAAUAUAAUAGCUCAAGAAUGCUCCUUUGAGCCUGAUAUAAAGUCAAAUAAUGAAGGUACUACAAAAGGUUCUAAUAUUGAAAUUUCGACUUGUUUAAAUAUGAAAAUUCUUUCUGAUAAUUAUAAAGUAAAUGAAAAAGAGAUUUAUAGAGAGAAGGCAUUUCUUGAAACUCAAAAAGAAUGUUAUGUAAUUUGUAGAGAUCUGGAUAUGUUAAGAUAUAAAAUAACUAGGGAUAUACCAGGAUGUUUUCAUAAUAAACUUCCAGAUUUAGAACAUUUUCUUUUUAAUAUGCUAGAAGAGAAUUUUGAAGAUUUGGAUGAUAGAAAUUUUGGUCAGGUAUCAUUGAUAAUAGAUAUGGAUUUAGAGAAAAUUACAAACAAUAAAGAAACUUCUUUUUAUAAAGAAGAUGAUAAAUUGUGUGAUCUAUAUGGUUUGAAGGAUUCAGAUAAUGUUGAUAAAUCUAAAAAGAUUAUCCUGGAUAUUCGCAAGUUGGAUAGUACACAAACUUUAAAGUGUGAUAAUAUAAAGUGUGAAUAUUUUCAAGAUCCUUUAGAUUUUCCUAGCAAUUUAGAAAAUACAGAUAAUACUUGUGACAAAAUUUUAGAAACUACUGAUAAAAUGGAUAACUGUAAAGGACUAAUAGAUAAUAACUUAUAUUCUAGUAAUUUCUUUACUGAUGCAUUAUACAAUUGGGAACAACUUUUAGAAAAUACAUUAAUUGAUAAAUAUACUUGUUUUAUAAAAGAUCAAAUGUCAAUAAUUAUUGGAGAUUCAGAUAGUGAAGCUUUAGAUAUUAUUGUUAAUUUUAUUCUUGGUCAACUACGUAAUAAAGUAGGGUUGCUCGAACUUUUUAAGCUUUUAAGUGAUCUAAUUGAUGUAGAAGCUGAGCCAUUUCUUAAGAUUUUGUAUAAUAAACUAUGUGAAGAUGGUUAA